AUGGCGGUGACACAACUCCUCUCGUGCGCUCUGCUGGCGGUCGCUGUCGGCGCCGCGGCGGGAUUUCAGGAGGGCCUGCGAGGCCACCAGAUCUGGGAGCUUCCUUCCUCCGUCCCCGCCGCCCUUGAGGACCUCCUUCGCGAUGGCCUCCUCGACUCCCUGGGCCACUCCAAGUCCCACAGGAAAGUCCACGUCCCUGCGGAGGGCCUGGACAACGCCCGCCGCAUCCUGAAGGAGAGGGACGUCGAGUUCAAGGUCCUGGUGGAUGACCUGGCGGAGCACUUUCAGGGCGAGAGGCGGCAGCGGAGGGACGUCGACACGCGAGCGGCCGAGUCCUGCAACGGAAACUCGUGUCCUGCACCGCUCUCGGAUGCCUACAUGACCUUCCAGCAGAUGGAGUACUACCUCCGCGAGAUCAACACGACGUAUGCUCCUCGAGUCUCCGUGAAGUCGAUCGGCAAGUCGGUAGAAGGCCGGGACAUCUGGAUGGUCCACGUGAGGUCGGGAGGCUGCGCUCAAGGUAACACACAGCCGCAGGUCAGCCUCCGACACCCUAGGAUCGCCUACUGGAUGAUGAAACGUCGAGCUGUGUGGAUAGAAGGAGGCAUCCACCCGAGGGAGUGGAUCGCCCCGGCAGUGUGCCUCCAGAUCGUCUCCCGGCUGGCCGUCCAGUGCAGCGUCACGCGCGCCGUCAACGUGUACGUCGUGCCGAUGGCCAACCCGGACGGCUACGUGUACUCGUGGACGACGAACCGGCUGUGGCGCAAGAACCGGGGCAACGUGGGCGGCCAGUGCGUCGGCGUCGACCUCAACCGCAACUGGGGCUUCAAGUUCGGCGUCGGCGCCUCCAACAACACCUGCAGCGAGGUGUACAUGGGCCCGUCCGCCUUCUCCGAGCCCGAGACGCGAGCCCUCAGGGACGUCAUGACGAGCCUGUCGGAAGCCGGGAAUCUGGAGCUCGUCAUCGCCGUCCACAGCUACGGCCAGCUGCUGCUGUAUCCCUGGGGUUGGACCACCGAGGAGGCGCCCGACACGCCGGAGAUGGCCGCCCUCGGGGAGAUCUUCGCCAACAUUGCCCACCUUCGCCAAAACACGGUCUACACAGUCACCAGCUCCUCCUCUGGGCUCUACUUCGCCUCAGGAGCCACCGACGACUGGGCCAAGGGCGUCCUGAAUACCAAGUUCGCGUACACCCUCGAGCUCCCGGACACGGGCAAGUUCGGUUUCAAGCUGGAGGAGAGCCAGAUCUUGCCGACCACUCAGGAGGUCUGGGAGGGCUUCAAGGCCAUGCUGCUCUCCAUCACCAACCAGAAGUACACGUUCCUGUGACGAGCUCAAGGGGAGGGCGUCCCGGGCGUGGCCGCGACCCUCCUGCAGCGGCAGCGAUCGGAAUGCGGG